AGCAUUUUUUGCGUAUAUAAGGAAGUUAGUCGUGCGGUAUUUGUACAGAAACCAAAAUGUUCAAACUUUUAGUUUUGGUAGCAACAGCAUCUUGUACUUUCGCCGCUCCAUCCUCCGACUUGAGUUGGAGAAUUGUUGGUGGAAACAAAGCUCCGGAUGGUAGUUUCCCAUAUCAAAUUUCAUUGCGUGGUCUAUUCGAUAGCCACAGCUGCGGCGGUUCCAUUAUCAACGAAAAUUGGAUCCUCACAGCCGCUCACUGCGUCGAAGGUUCUUUGGCUGCCACUCUCACCGUUGUCGUGGGCAGCAACAAACUGAAUUCUGGUGGUGUUAAAUAUAAGAUUUCCAAGGCAAUCUACCACGAAAACUAUGACGGCUAUUUGAUCAAGAAUGAUGUUGCUGUUCUUAAAUUAGCCAAACCUCUCGAAUUCAAUAGCGAUGUCCAACCAAUCCCAUUGGCUGACAGCGACAUCGGUGGAGAUGCCGACUGCGUCCUGAGUGGCUGGGGAACCACCUCUUACCCAGGAAACGUACCGAACGAUUUGCAAUACAUAAAUCUAAAAACAUUAACCGUCGAAGACUGCCAACAACGCCAGGCACCCAACGAAGUUUUCGAUUCUCAAGUAUGCACUUUGACUCAAAAGGGCGAAGGAGCCUGCCACGGUGACUCCGGUGGUCCAUUGGUCUCUGGAGGCAAACAAAUAGGUAUUGUGUCUUGGGGACGACCAUGCGGCAUUGGCUAUCCAGAUGUCUUCACAAGAGUGUCUUCCUUCCGCGAAUGGAUCAACAAGAAUAUUAACGAAUAAUUAUUCAUUGCAACAACCAUAUGAUAUGAAAAUAAAUUUCGUAAUAGCAAAUGAAAA